AAUCGACUCGUAACUUCCGUUUAUCAUUUCUUUACCACAGAAAAAUGUUCCACGGAUCUGUGCCGUGAAAGCCAAUCAAAGAAAUCGAACCAGGAAUAUUUCUUACUUGCUAAACAACUACAAAGUGCGAAUUCAAAUGAAGCCAAUCACGUAAAAUAUUUAAUCGCAAAUAUUCUCACCUUAACCGAGCAAAUUCUACCCAAGCUAAAUGGAAGAAGAGUGGAAGAAAAAUCGUCAGCUGCAGCAAACCACUCGCCCAAGAGUGUGACAAAUUUCAGCAAAACAGACAGAUCUUUCGUUGCUAGCCCUGUCAACAAGUUGAGCAAAACUUGUCCUUCAAAAGAUCUGAUAAUCGGACUAACCCAACUGAACAGAAUAGUAGAACCUCUUGGUAAUGUAGAACUCAAGAGAGUCAUGGAGCCAUACGAAUCGACAUCCAGAAACGCAAUAGCAGAUACGGUUCAAAGUUUACAAAACCAGAGACAUUAUGAAGCAGUUACAGCGUUUGAGACUUUGAAAUUACCUAUUUCAAAUUCUGCAUGUACUAAGAAGUCGAUGAAUCGCUGUAAGAUGCUACUCCGUAAUUGCACUGUCAAUAACUCGACGAACAAUUCUAGAUCAAUUGUAAGUCCGCAGACUGUUUUAAAAAAUCAGAAGCUAUCCAUAAAAAAAUAUGGUGGCAACAGCAUUGUUCAGUCGAGCAUAAGCGAUGCUUUGAAUAACGAAAGAGUUCAUUCGCUGCCAUUAUCGUCUCAAAAAAAAAAGAAGUACACUAAUAGUGAACAUGCAAGACACAAAAAGUUACAGUUGCCGGCUGCGUCAAUGCCCAGUACUGUGAAAAAUCCCGCAAACGUAGUAACGAAGUCAGUAAUGAAACCGUACAAUACAACUUCACUUGCUAAGAUGAAAACUUUCCCAACAAGAGAGCUGGGAACUGAAAAGUCCGAGGUGGUGUUGAUGGAAAGAAGCAAUAUUCAACCACCUGCUGAAGUCAGCAAGAUCAAGGCAAGGAAACCAAGGUCAACAUCCAAAACAUCGAAUCGAGUCUCGAACAAAAUCGGAAGAGUCAGAGAUACCGAAAUACCAUUGGAACACACCAAUGAUUAUGUACCAUUAAGGGGACUAAAGGCAUCAGUCAAUCGGGAUUUGCUACUACCUAAGAAAACAUCUUCACCAAAGGAUAUUAUUCAACUGCUUGAGGAAUUAAUCAAGUAUUCAAACCAUGAAACUUCAAUCCCCAGUACCCAUACUGUCCCAGUUGUCACUCGAUGUAACGGCCAUGUAAAAGAUACAAACGAGAGUACUUCUAAACCUGUAGCUUCGAAAGUAAGAAAGGAGGCCAAUACAAGAUCCAAAUUACAGCCCUCCCAAUUUAGCAUUGACAACAAAAUUAAAGAAUCGUCCAAACAUCAGUCAAGUCAGGUCAAAAUCAGCGAAGCAAUUGCAAAGGGUUGCAAUACUUUGUCCAAGACUUUGUGUUCUGAACGAAGGCCGUCUCUCUCAAAUAAGGAUUUCGAAUUACACUCAAACAUAAAUAUCGAAGAAAUCAAGACAAAGGCUUAUACCGAAACUAAUGCGAAUGAUGUUACGAGAGGUUAUAGUAGAACCUCGAUAUCAAGUGCAGGAUGUAGAACACACUUGAGUGAGGAGCCUAAUUCAAUAAGUUGCUUGUCCUCUAAAUAUUGUCAAGUCUCAUCGACCUCACUCGCGAGUUACGAAAUGUCAGAAGAAAUUAUUUCAAAUCAAAUUUCAGACUCCAUACUGACGUCUGACGGUUCUCAGAAAGUUGUGAAUGGUUCCAAAGAACAGGUCGAUGUCAUAGAAAAUACUCGACUACUUUCAAACAACCGCAUACAACGAUUCCGUGAAGAUCAAAAUAUAGAAGUAAAUAGUAAUGUAAUACCUAAGAAGAAAUUUGCCAAGAGACAUGUUAGGGCUUUUGAGAUGCUUAAGAAAAUUCUCAGCGAUUAUGGCGUGAGCAAUGAACGUCUAAGCAAAGCCGAAAAUAAGUCAAGGGACCGAUGCAGAUACGAUUCAAUUAAAAGAGAAUUGUCAGUGACGAGGUCCUUAGAUGCAAACCUUAUAAAUCAAGGAAAUUCCGAUGAAAUUGUUAGCAGAAUAUCUUCUUCCGACAGGAAUUUUUCACGACUGCUCUUUAGUAAACUUGCCACAUUAUCUGAAUCAGAGAGUGAUCUUCAUUACAUGGAAGUUGCCACCAUGACUUCAGCGAAGGAUUUGGUCGUAAAAAUAAACGAUAAUACUGAGUUGAAUAGAAUUGAAGCCAUCUGUACUGAUAAAGAAGAUGCAGGUCUGAGUAAAGUUGUCAAAAUUGAAAAUUCAACACAAUUUGAUAUUAAUUCGAAAUCCGAUGAGUGCCUGGGUGAUCUGACGAUAUCUGACAACUUUAUGUCCGAUGCCUUGAAAAGUACAAGCCUUUCUGUAGAAUGUUCUACAGCAUCAUAUACUUCACCAUCUACGCUCCGUUCAUCAAGUACCACUCUGAAGAUAGCUAUGCCGGAGAUAAAUGAGUUGUUAGAAUGUGAAUUAUCGAAUGACAUCAUUGAAGCUUUCAGAUUAGCUUCGAUUAGAGCCGCAAAUUUAUACGCCGCUAUUGAUUUUCUUAGUGAAAAUGUGCCACCUGAUAGUGAAAGAAACUCAUAUUCUCUAACUAUUCAAAAUACUAAUGAUAUUCUUACACGUAUUCCCACCAAUAUAAAUCCGCCAGCAAUUGUUGAAACUUUAUGUAAUGCCAAUCGUACAAUGCCAGAUCAUAUUCCAAACUCAAGUGAAGCUUCCAGUUCUGACAUCGGUAAUAGACCGUUGAAUCAAGUAGCUAAUUCGAAGACCAUUCGAGGAAAAAUAAGCGAGCCGAUAAUGGUUACAGAAAAACCGGAAGUUGGUAUUCAAGAUUCAGCGGUGACAAAAGUUUCGGAGAAAACUUUGAACACCGUAAAAGUAUCAAAGGAAAAUACAACGAAUGGUAAAUCACAAACGGCGUAUAACCAUCACUUAGUUAAUCCUACUAAGCUUCAAAUGUUCCCAAAAAUGUCGUCAGAUAAACAACACAUAGCAACAAAAUUGGCUGGUGUGGCCAUUGAUAAAAAAGUAGUUAUGGAACCACAAGGCAUCAAUCUAGAGAAAUUUUUCACCUUAGAAGGUAAAUCUAUUCUAUCUGCGGGGAUUCCUUCGAAACCAUCUUGUCUCGUGAAAGAAGCUAGUCAACUGAGUGUGAGUAAUAGAUCUAUAACUAACAAGCGCCUUGAAACGUUACAUUUUACUGGAAAGGCCUCAAAUACGGGAUCGAGACAUUCGGAUACCCAUUCCAGGUCAAAAUGUUCAUUUUCAAACUCUAACAUGCCGUCGAAAACUGCAACAAAGGUUCAAGACUCUAUUCCUGGAUCUCGUAUCAAAACUUUGUUAGAGAAAAAUUUGCAGCAUUUCAGUGUGGCCUGUAAUUCGAUGGACGAUGAAAUGGAUUGCGGAAAUGAAGAAGAUGACUGUUUCAUCGAGUCAAGUAAUGACGACGCAUCGAUCAGCACAAUUUUUUCCGAUGAAGCUACUUCGACAACCCGCGUAAAUUCGGCCAGUUGCUACGUGAUUCCAGAAGUCACGUGUAUUUUAGACAAUCUCUUGAAUGAAGUUAUAAGAAUCUGUGAACUUGUGUCAUCAAGGGACCAAAACUUUAUGAACACUAAGUCAAUUCAAUGCUGUGAUCCGAGAAAAUCUCAACGAGAAUCGCAAGUCUUCAAGUGCGGAAGACGCUCGGUGCUUUGUGGAAAUCCUUCGUGUGCUAUUAGCGGUGUAGCAGUUUCCAGAGAACGUAUUCUGUGUCUCAUAUACGCAGUCAUCUGUUCAUUCGUAUUUUUCGGUCUGCAUUUUUCAGUCUACUGUGAGCUUCAGUAAUGUUUUAAUAAGUGUUCUUCACGCUCUUGUAUUUUAUUUACAAAUAGAGGACUCCUGAGAAGUUAACGUGAAGGACUUUUAUUUUUGUAUACCGAUAGAUUAUUCUAUCCUGUUACAACAAUAAAUAUAAAUG